AUGGUGGCAUCAACAAGUGAGCAAUUAACAGCGCUUGCUGGAACGACAGUUGUCGUUCAUCCUUUGGUCCUGCUCUCCGUUACUGAUCAUCAUGCGCGCACCGUCUCGCGCACUUCAUCAAAGCGUGUUGUUGGCGUUCUCCUGGGUCAGGACAACGGCAAGACUGUUAAUGUUGCCAAUUCCUUCGGGAUCCCGUUCGAGGAGGAUGAAAGAGAUAGCAAGACGUGGUUCCUAGAUCAUAACUAUAUUGAAGGGAUGUACGAUAUGUUCAAGAAAGUCCAACGGAGCGGGAUGAUUGGAUGGUACCACACGGGGACAAAGCUACGAGCCUCGGACCAGGAAAUUAACGACCUCUUUAAGCGUUACAUUGCGAAACCAGUGAUGGUUAUCGUUGAUGUACGACCGCAGGCUGUUGGAAUUCCAACGGAUGCAUACUUUGCAGUAGAAGAGAUCAAAGACGAUGGCACGGAAACACGGAAGACAUUCCUUCACGUUCCUUCUGCAAUAGAAGCUGAGGAAGCUGAGGAAAUUGGAGUCGAACAUCUCCUGCGCGACAUCAAAGACUCAACGACCACAACUCUCUCAACACGUGUUUCUGAGCAACUCGCAUCACUCCAAGGACUUCAAUCCCGACUACAAGACGUGCACAAGUAUCUCCUGGAUGUUGCAUCAGGCACGAUGCCAGUCAAUCACCAAAUAAUUUACCACCUGCAAGACGCACUCAACCUACUUCCUGACUUGAGCAAUCCGGUGACACACACAGAGCUUCGCGUCAAGCACGAAUGA